UCGUUUGUUUUGUUAUUGUGAAAGAUUUGUGAAUUUAUUAUAAAUAAACUGUAUGCAAGUGCCUAACUUGGAAGUGACUUGAAACUAAAAACCAACAUUUGCUUGAGAUUAAAUAGACAGACAGAAAGCGGGGAAGGCAUUAGCAGAAAGGUUAGCCAAAAUGAUGCACUAUCGCAAGGCCGAGAAUGUGGAGCAGGAGUUGAGCAAAAAUGAUUUACCCUUUGAGGAUUGCUUGCCAAAGGCGCACAAGGAUUUUCUCUGGAUGCACGUCAAGGGCGGCACCAAGGUGAGCAAUGUGAUUGGCUAUGCACAGUCGGCGCUGGAUAAAGGCGAAUAUCGCAGCCUGGUCUGGAGCGGCUCUGGUGGCGGCGUUGUAAAGACCAUAUCCUGCGCUGAGGUGCUGAAGCGCAGCCAUCCGCUAUACCAGGUCACGCGGAUGGGCUAUACGAGCGUGGAGGAGCACUGGAAACCACAAAUGGAUGGCCUGGAGGAGAUCGUUGUCAAUCGCAAAAUACCCACAUUACAUAUACUCAUGAGCCUGGACGAACUGGACGAUAGUAUAGAUGGUUUACAGAAACCCAAUACAACUAGUGAUUUCUGGCAGCAUGAUGAGCCGCCUGCUAAUAGACUUGCAGCUGCCCAUAGAUCUGCGCCCGUCAAUAGAUCAGCUCCUGCUGCUAGAGGCACAAAUAAACGCCAAAGAUUUGGACGCAACAAACCGCAACAGCAGCAAUCUCAACAAAAUCAGCACAGCCAAAGCAAACCUGCAACCGAAAGUGGAGCCACUGAGCAUACCUAACUUUACUUAUAUUA